CUUGAAUUGAACGACCACAUUAAGUUUGACCUUGGUUGCUUAUUCUGCGUGGCAGAUGCGUGUGCAUCCUUCUCGGUUAGUUCGACUAUCUUUAAUCUCCCUACUAUUCCUACUUUGUAUCGCUAUUAUAUAUAAUAAGUAUUUGGAUAAAGCGCUAUCUGGACCUCAUUCUAUAAGCCAACUCAUCCGGAAUCAAGAUUUUGCAAGUGUACACAAUGUAAAGCCAUUUAAAAUAGACUGGGAAAACUACUCGCUUACUGCACUUGAAAGUUCGAGAGUGGGACCUGGAGAGAACGGCAUGGCUUUCGAACUAUCCCCUCUCGAUAGAGAACUAUCCAAUAAAACUAUAAAUGAGAACGGUUUUAGUGUGUAUGUUAGUGGGAAAAUCAAAACAGAUAGAUCUAUUAAAGAUCUCCGCCAUCCACGUUGUAAAGGAAAACUAUAUUCCAGCAACCUUCCUACUGCUUCAGUGAUUAUCCCUUUUUUUGAAGAGCAUUGGGAGACUCUCCUACGCACAGUCGCAUCUGUUUUGAAUCGAGCUCCUUCAGGACUAAUCAAGGAAAUAAUUUUGGUUGAUGAUGGAAGCUCACGAAAAUAUCUGAAAGAUGAACUUGAUAAUCAUCUUGCAACUGCGUAUCCAAGUGGUAUAGUACGUGUAAUUCACCUGGAACAGAGGGGAGGUCUUAUUCGAGCGAAAACAGCAGGCGCCAGAGAAGCUGCUGGAGAAGUGCUCAUUUUUCUGGAUUCUCAUUGUGAAGCAGGAAUAAACUGGCUUCCGCCGCUACUUGAUCCAAUUGUUGCGAACUACAAAACUGUUGUUUGUCCAUUUAUUGAUAUAAUAGAUGCAAAUACUUUUGAAUAUCGUGCACAAGAUGAAGGGGCUCGGGGAGCAUUUGACUGGGAGUUGUACUAUAAGCGCCUUCCACGAUUACCAGAAGAUAGAUAUCAUCCUGAGGAGCCUUUUGACAGUCCAGUGAUGGCAGGAGGUCUGUUUGCUAUCAGUGCGAAAUGGUUCUGGGAACUUGGAGGCUAUGAUCCUGGUCUUGUUAUUUGGGGUGGGGAGCAAUACGAGUUAUCGUUCAAGAUUUGGAUGUGUGGAGGGCGUAUGAUUGAUGCCCCGUGUUCCAGAAUAGGCCAUAUAUAUCGUAAAUACUCAACUAACUUUCCGAAAGCAGAAUUUGGGGACUUUGUUGGUCGUAAUUACAAACGUGUAGCAGAAGUUUGGAUGGAUGAAUAUAAAGAGUAUCUGUAUAAACGGCGACCAAGAUACAGGGAUUUGGAUGCAGGUGACUUGACCAAGCAGCACAAAAUCCGAGAGAAACUUAAGUGCAAGUCAUUUAAGUGGUUUAUGACAGAAAUAGCAUUUGAUUUGGUUAAGAAGUACCCACUCAUCGAACCAAUAUCUAAGGCUGAUGGAGAGAUUCGAUCGGUUGCCGACUCAUAUUUAUGCUUGGAUGCAAUGGGUGCAAAUGAGUAUACUCCAGUUAAAUUGCGUCCUUGUACUAAAGAUAAUCCUAAUGCCAUUGGUAUCCAGAAAUUCGAAUAUAGCUACCAUGAAGAUAUUCGAGUUAUAAAGCAAGAAUCCUGUCUAGAUGUACCUGAUUCAAAAAACAAAGCCGUAGUAAUCUUGUAUCCAUGUCAUGGCCAAGGUGGUAAUCAACAAUGGAAAAUUCGACCAACUAAUCGUAAUAAAUCGAACCCCCUACACUUGGUUCUUGGAGCUAGUGGAGCUUGUUUGGAUUCUGAUCCGAAAAACCGAUUAGUUUUUGUGAAUUCAUGUGAUUAUACUUCGCCAACUCAAAGCUGGACUUGGGAAAAAUUGAAAAUUGAUGUGGCUGAACACUCGAUGAAAGAAGCUGGUCUGUAGCAUUUUUCAUCUGCUUUUGUUUUAUUUGGAAAAUUUAUGGUCUGGUUAGUGAAAAUUAUUGUUGACCUAUCUGUCAUUCUUUUUUUCUGUGAUAUAUAUAAACAACCUAUUUUGGCUGUUCAUGCGUUUUAUUUUCUUCUCUGAAUUUUCUACAAAUAUUUUUCAAUAAAUAUUGUGUUUUGUGU